AUGCGCGCUUGUUUGGCAUUGAUGGCAUGCGCCUUACUGGCGCAUGCACUGCCCACCUCCCUGGCGCCCGUUGGCGAUGCGGCCUCGCUGCCAAAGUGGGUGCCAUUCUACGUUUAUGAAUUUCCAGAGCUAGACAUUGAACAUCUGUGCGAACCAGAGGUGAUUGAGGAAUGGCGCAGCUUCAAGCAUGGCGAUGACAUGCUUUUUGCCGACCAUGCCCGCGGACGCCAUCCCUGGCGCGUGUCCGACCCGGAGGAAGCCCGGCUCUUCGUCGUCCCCGCCCCCCUUGCCUUUUACCAACGCAACGGGAAAUGCAAGGGAAAGUCAACCAAAGACAUUCUCCGUUCCUUGCUUGAAAAGCUCAGCCAGACCAAGUCAUGGCAGCGCUAUCAAGGCGCCGAUCACGUUUUCUCAGGCUCAGAUUGGGCUGUGCGCUUCUUCGCCAACGACGUCAUUCGGGCGCUCGUCAAGAACAGCAUCCUCGGACACAUUGAGAACUUUGAUAAUGCCCAUUGGCGAUGCACCGUCAUCACACCCUACUCUGGCUCAGUGUGGUCGCACAUGACACGCGCCCUCCUCUUUGAUGCACUGGAGAUGAAUCUCCAUCAAUAUGCCUGCGGUGAUGACGAUCAACGCAACUGUACCAUGGAGUUGGAGCGCCUCUGGCCGACCCCUGAACAGGCGUGGGGUCGUCCCUGGUCCGAGCGCCCAUACAUGUUCUUUCUCAAGGGGCAGAUUGACGCUCGCGCUGGCUAUCGCCAGCGUCGCCUCUCCUGCGAAGCUCUACGCGAUGUCCCGGGACCACAUGUGUGUGUCUCCGUGUCCGAUCCGGGCAAAUCCACCUACGAGCGCGCGUGCCCAGAUAACGUUUUCGCCGCUUUGGCCUGGGCUACCAACCACACUGGAACCUACAGCAACUGGUCUGAUCCGGUCGUCCCGGGAUCAAAAUCCGAGGAACACCUCGAGUCUGGCACGACGCCUGACCCACUUGAGACAUGGUCCCAGGAACGGUGCCGGUCGGGACACUCGGCCUUUGCUUACUUGUACCAGCUUGCCGCGAGCAAGUUUUGCCUCAUGAUCCGCGGUGAUACCCUGUCCAGCAAUCGUCUCUAUGAUUGUAUUCGCUACAAUAGCAUACCCAUCAUCAUUUCCGACGGCAUCGAGCGCGAUGGCCUUCCUUUUUACAGCCGCGUGCCUUGGCAUGAAUUCUCUUUUUUUGUCAAGGAAGCACAACAGCCUGAACAGCUUACAAAGGCCUUCGUGGACAUCAUGGCCACCCCGCCCGAGAAGCUCGAGGCCAUGCGUCAGUCCAUGGCGGAUCACAUGCCUGACGUCCUUUGGAAUAUGGCAGGCUCGCGGGUGUUUGAGAACUUCCUUCUGGAGGCAGCUGACCGCUGUCUCGACAAUCUUGAAACCUUCGCUUCCGCUUCAGAUAAGGAACAAGCAUAAGAGAAAAAAAUCAAACACGAACUGCCCUGCCUAAGAAUAGGAAGAUGAAUGUCGUCAAUUUUCGAGCGUGUGCAAUUCAGAUAAUGUAAACU